AUGAAGUAUGCUCUUGAGCUUAUUCAAGAUACAGGGAUAGGGGGUGCAAAACCUACUGCAACGCCCUUGGAACAUAACACUAAACUUACUACAGUGGAGUAUGAUCAUUCCUUGCAACAAGAAAACAAAGGUGAGGAUUAUUCAGCUGACAAAGCAGAAUUUCAGAGAUUAAUUGGCAGGCUGCUUUAUUUGAAACAUACAAGGUCUGAUAUAGCCUUUUCAGUUCAACAUCUUAGUCAGUUUAUGAAUCAACCGAAGAAAGAGCACAUGGAAGCAGCUCUUAGAGUGGUAAGGUACAUAAAGAAUAAUCCUAGGUUGGGGAUUAUCUUGAAAGCUUCAAGCAGUUGUCAGCUGGUGGCUAGCUGCGGUUCGGAUUGGGCAACAUGUCUAAUGACAAGGAAAUCAGUGACAGGGUUCUGUGUAAAGCUUAGAGAUUCACUAGUUUCAUGGUAA